CUUCAAUUCAACUAUUCCUUAAUAAACAUUUGAUGAUAUGGUCUUGUUUACCAGAGGCUUCUUUUGACUGAGCUAAAGAUACAAAAAGAGCACUUCAACAUCUCUAGGACUGACUAGCAUGCUGUAAUAUCGGACAGAGUACUUGUACAUAUAACCCGAUUCUCCCAAUAUUUCGGUCUCCCUUUCCUCCUACUCGCUUUUUAUGUUUAGCAAAGUAUCAAACCCAUCGAGUCAUUUCGACAACCAUGACCAAUUCAAAUAAGGCUUUGUUUUCAAUUUCCCUGUGUUGUGUAUCCAUACUGGUCAAAUCAUGACACAGAUGCUAGUUUGUCUGACAAUAAACAACAGUCCCCGGCAACUGCUGUGACAACGAGGCCUCCCUCUUCUUCGGACUGUGAAGUAUUAGCUUCCAGAAAUCUUGUUCGAUGUGGUGAACUAACCUUCGUAUUGUCGGGGAGUUUUGCCGUAAGCUGGUACGUGAUAUUGGACUGAAGGUUGGGUCAUUAGUAUCCUGGAGAUAUAGUUAACAUGUUCACUGUGGAAGUACAUUCUCUUCCCAUAUGGAAAGUAGUGCCUUCCUAUUACAGUGAGGAGUCGCACUUCUUGACAAUAUCAGCCAGGGAAAGAGAAGAGAAGUGCCGGACGACACCUGCAAUGCUCUGUCUUUCUCAUACUUUUUGUUUCGUCUACUUUGUCCUACUUUCAAUAACUCGCUUGUGGCGCUCUAGUUAUAGGCACUUAGCUAUAGCUAAAGAAUCGUCGCCCUAAGCUUGAGCCGGCAUAUCCUAAA